AUGGCGAGUCGCGGUGGUAGCGCCGCUCCCUCUUCUUCGUCUGUCCUUCCUGAAUGGCUGCGCAGCGUGACAGCGAAGCAAGCUGCUCUGGCUGGCCUGGGCGUGUCGGCCGCCCUCGGCUAUGCCUACCUCAACUCCAUGAGCCCCGACCUUAGCAAGGACUUCGGGACCAUCAUGCGCCUCGCUCGGGUGAAGCGGAAGGUGGACUCGGCGCUCAAGAACAAACAGACCGUGGCCGACAUGUUCAACGCGGUGCUCCAGGCCCACCCCAACAAGGAGGCCAUCGUGUUUGUCGACAAGCAAGACCAUCUGACCCGCAACACCAAGGUGAGCAACACCAAGGUGAGCUACACCUACGCCGAAGUCGAAGCCGAGUCCAACAAAGUCGCCAACUGGGCCCUAUCCAUCGGGCUCAAGGAGAAGGACGUCGUUGCGCUGAUGAUGGACAACCGACCCGAGUUCAUCUUCAUGUGGCUGGGGAUGACCAAGAUCGGCGUCCUGACUUCGCUCAUCAACACCAACCUGCGCGGCCACGUGUUGCGUCACUCGAUGGCGGUGUGCAAGGCCACGCACUACUUUGUCGGUCACGAGCACAUGGACGUGAUUUCGCGCGAGUUGGUGAGCGACUUGGGCGGCAAGUGGUACUCGUGCGGCGGUCCUGCUCCGGAGGGGAAUCUGUUCGAUCUGGACAGCCUCCUGGCCGUCAGCAACAACACCACCGCCAUUCCGCGCUCUUUCCGGGCCAACACUUCGGCCACCGACAAGCUCUUCUACAUCUACACGAGGCACGCGGCUCUGGUUUCGCACCUCAAGUUCCUGACUGCGGGACUCGGCUUUGUGGACCUGAUGGACGUCGGGGAGAACGACAGGCUCUACACGGCGCUGCCGCUCUACCACUCCGCCGCCACCCUCAUCGGCGUGAGCACCACCUGGAACGGCAUGGGCACGCUGAUUCUGCGCCGCAAGUUCUCGGCCAACAGCUUCUGGGAGGACAUCGCCACCCACAAGGCGACCGUGUUUCAGUACAUUGGCGAGCUAUGUCGCUAUCUGCUCUCGCACCCGCCCAAGCCCUCGGACUCCCAGCACCAGCUGCGUCUGGCAAUCGGCAACGGCCUCCGCCCCGACAUUUGGGCCGAGUUCCAGAAGCGCUUCAAUAUUCCCCAGAUCGGCGAGUUCUACGCUGCGACGGAGGGCAACGUGGCGCUGCUGAACAGCUUCAACAAGGUGGGCGCCGUGGGCUACCUCUCGCCCCUCAUCCGCAUGGUGCACCCCGGGCGCCUGGUCAAGUUCGACGUCGAAUCGGAGAUGCCCGUCAGAGACCCCAAGACCGGCUUCUGCCUCGGUACGGCCGUGCACACUGAUCGACUUGAAGAGAGCACUGCGCCGCUGGGCCGCUGCUUCCUGGGCGCACCUCACACGUAUCCGCACGUUCGAUGUCUGAGUGUAGAGUGCGAGCAGAACGAGAUCGGCGAGAUGCUGGGCAACAUCAAGCCCGACGACCCUCUGCGCCAGUUCCUGGUCCUGCGCGAUGUAUUCACCAAGGGUGACAUGUGGUUCAGAACCGGAGACCUCCUCCGCAUCGAUCGGGAGGGCUACGUGUACUUUGUGGACCGGAUCGGCGACACGUUCCGAUGGAAGGGCGAGAACGUCGCCACGACCGAGGUGGCCGAGGUGAUCACCACCGGCAACGUCGGCGUCCAGGAAUGUAACGUCUACGGCGUCAAAGUCCCGCACAAGGACGGUCGUGCUGGCAUGGCCUGCAUCAUCCCCGUGGACCGGGCCACGUUUGACAUGGCCGCCCUCUACAAACUGGUGAGGACGGAGCUGCCGCUCUACGCCGCUCCGCUCUUCGUACGCGUGACCACGGCGGCCAUGGACGUGACGGGCACCUUCAAGCACAAGAAGACCGAGCUCGUCGAGCAGGGCUUCAACCCGCACGUCAUCACCGACGACGAGCUCUACUUCCGGGACGACCUCAAGGGCGCCUUCGUGCCGCUGACCAAGGACCUCUACCAGCGCAUCACCAACAACACCACCGAAGCCAAGCUCUGA